UGUGCGCUUGUUUGUUUUUUAGGAAUCAUAGCAAUGUUUUUGGGAAGUAUCAGUCGGUGAAGGUCAAGAUGCAACAGUCUCCUGUGAACGGCAUUUCGUCCUGUCCCAAAGAAUACAGCUUUAAGAAAGCAGCAGUUGCCGCAGACUCCCCAGAAUGCUCGGAAAUUGGAACGUCCAUAAUGAAAGACGAAGGCGGAAGCGCUGUAGAUGCAGCAAUUGCAGCUGUGUUAUGUUCAGGGAUAUAUAACGCACACAGCUGUGGUAUUGGAGGUGGAGCUUUCAUAACAUACUAUAACAGAUCAACGAGAGAAGUGCACACUAUCAUUGGGAGAGAACAGGCUCCAUCGGGGUUACGAGCCGACAUGUUCAUCGACGAUCCUCUAUCUCAAAGACUUGGCGGAUUGUCGAUAUGUAUACCUGGAGAAAUUUUGAGUUUAUAUGAGGCUUGGACUUUGGGUGGCCGAUUACCAUGGAAACAGUUAUUUCAACCAGCAAUAAAUUUAUGUAGGAAAGGAGUCGUAGUUCGAGCAGCUCUUGCAAAUGCAAUUAAAGAACUGGAAGAGGAAGACAUGGUUGACUUAAAAGAAAGGACUCCUGAAUUCAUAGUCUUCUUGACAAACCCGGAGACUGGAGAACUGUACAAACAGGGUGACACGAUGUACAGACCAAUUCUAGCUAAAACACUGGAGAAAAUAGCAAAUGAAGGCCCAUAUUGUUUCUACAAAGGCAGUCUGGCGGAUGACAUAAUUUCUGAUAUAACAGAUCAAAAUGGAAUAAUGUCUAAGGAAGAUCUGGCUAAGUACAAAGCCCCAAGAAAACCGCCUGUUUCUCUAAAGCUACAUGACGACCUGACCGUCUAUUCUCCGCCGCUUCCUACUGCUGGCAUUGUGUAUCAGUACAUACUGAAUUUGUUGAAAGGUUUCAAUUUUGAUGGUUCGAGCGUUUCGACAGUUGAAAAGUCUAUAACCACCUGCCAUAGAAUAACCGAAGCAUUUAAACACGCUGCCGCUCUCCGUUUUCGGCUUGGAGACAUUGAUAGUUGUACCUCUGAUGAAAUUAAGAAGUCUAUCAACCGGAUUUUGGAGAAUGCGAGUGAUGAAACUUAUAUACAAUGUAAACGUGCUCAAAUAAUCGAUACAAAAACAUUUGAUAAGGAAUACUAUGAUCCUUUCAAUAUUGGGGACCAACACGAAGACUAUGGUACUUCACAUAUCUCAGUACUGGGACCAGAUGGCGAUGCAGUUUCGGUGACAAGUACAAUCAGUCUUUAUUUUGGCUCAAAAGUUGUUGGGACUAGAACUGGAAUUGUCUUCAACGAUGUACUAAGGAAUUUUUCCUUACCAGAUGUUGAAAAUAGUUUUCAUCGUCCUCCCUCAAAAUCAAAUUUAUUAGGACCACUGCGGCGCCCUUUAUCACAAAUGUGUCCGAGUAUAAUUGUUGAUAAAAAUGGCGACGCAAAAUUAGUGAUUGGUGCUUCCGGUUCAACUCGUAUACCAACGUCGAUGGCACUGGUAACUAUGGAAACUUUAUGGUUCAACUGGGGUAUCAAAGAAGCCAUAGAUUAUCCUCGUUUUCAUCAUCAGUUGUACCCACCAGCAAUAUUUCAUGAGCAAGACUUUCCGAAGGAGCUGAUCGAUGGUCUAAAAGGAAUUGGUCAUGAGAUGUCCAACACGGAAUACAAAAACUACCCGUCGGUAGUGCAGUGCAUUCAUAAGACAGGGGACAAAAUUACUGCUUACAGUGAUUACAGGAAAAAGGGAAUACCGAACGGAUAUUAAAUUAUAUAAAAGCUCCUUCAAAGACGUGAGCUGUACUACAUAACAGACAAUAACUUUACAGAAGAAGUAAGAUCGGACAAUUUCUUUCAAUGCACAAUUUCUCUUUCAUGAAAUAAACUGUCAAGGAUGUGUUACCUAAAAUGUAAUUGAUUUAAGACAAACAAUCGAAAUUACAUAUCUGGUAUAACUUUUCGAUCAUCUGGCAUACAAGAAUACAAGCUAAUACAACUGAGGAACCGCACGUGGUCUGUAUUAGUCAAAAUAACUAAUUUGCAGCCUUGUUGUGACCAUUUCUUUCUUUUUCUUCUUUUUCUGAGGCCGAUAUGGGUAACCCGUUUUAUUUCUUCACUUGCAUAAAACAGUCUUUGUUCUUUAAAAUCUGUGAAGAGCUCUCUCUCUCUCUUCACUUAUCCCGGAAAAUUCUUAACGUUAACAAAAAUUCGUUCCUACAUCCUUAAAUGAUACAUAAUACAAAAGUGUCCGUUUUAUGAGGCAGUAACGCACGAUUCAUUAAGAUAUAUUUAAUUUCCUUCAGUAACAGUGUCGAAAUUAAAACAUUAAAACAUCUUUUGAGGUACAGAAAUUAAUUAAUAUUUACUCAAGUUUUCUAAUAAAUAAUAUAUGAAAGAGUAUGCAAAUUAUGUACCCAAAAUGUAACUGAAUCAGAGUAUCAUUUUCUAUUGUGUUGUGACAGAUAUAGAGACAUAAGACGUAAAUAUCCGGGCAAUGUUUCUUUGCCCUCUUUAAAUAAAUUUCUUUCUGGUAUGUCAAGUAUGAAAAAAGACAUCUCUUAAACAUUUUUAAAUUUAUAAAAGAAGCUAUGCUUCAAAGCAACAAUACCCUGUCAAAUAUUACUGUAUUGUUAUUUAUGUGUACAGUCAUGUAUAUAUUGUUAUGAUUUUGUAACAUUGUGUCUUUGCCAUAUUUCUAUAACAAUGUAAAUGGCCAGAAGCUAGUAAUUUGCUGAUUUGCCAAUAAAAUUUUGACUUGUAAUAUCUUUGAAACAAAAUGACGAAAUGAUCAUGCUCAAAAAACAAAUUUCUGCUUUACAGUUUCUACGAAACUUCUGCUGUAUAAAAGAAGAAAGUGUAAUUGUCAUGGAGAUCAAAUUUCAUCUGAAAUGAACCAAUUUGCUUGUAAUUAUCCGUAGAGUGCUUAAACCAUCUAGAACUUAUUUUGUCGGCCGUAGUGUUCCCUACAGUAUGGGAAAUGCCUCACAAUGUUAAAUUGAUGUGUUCAAAAGGAAUACGCUGAACACGCUUUCUCUAAAAGAUAUUUAAAAUCUAAAACUAACGGCUUUUCAAUUUGUAAACACAUAUCUCUGUUUUAAAGACAGGACGAUACGAUAAGAAACCUAGGGUUGUUUUGACCAUUGGGCACAUCUU